GGAAAGCUAGCCGGUCCCGAGAAGAACAUCGGAGGCAUAUUUUUGUUUACUUGCUUCUCACGAUAUCUGGAUUCAGGAGAAAGAAGUUCCAACUAUGAGCGACGGAGAAGAUGCCGUACGACGUCGUAAUGCGGUCACGGAAUACCGCAAGAAACUCCUCCAGCACAAAGAGCUCGAGUCCCGAGUUCGAUCCGUGAGAGAGAAUUUAAGGGCUUCGAAGAAAGAGUUCAACAAAACAGAAGAUGAUUUGAAGUCCCUUCAAAGUGUUGGGCAGAUAAUUGGAGAAGUUCUCAGGCCUCUUGACAACGAACGCUUGAUUGUGAAAGCAAGCAGUGGGCCAAGGUACGUAGUUGGCUGCCGUAGCAAAGUGGACAAGGAAAAACUGACUGCUGGAACAAGAGUGGUUCUUGACAUGACAACACUCACAAUCAUGCGAGCCCUUCCUCGUGAAGUUGAUCCAGUUGUUUAUAAUAUGCUUCACGAAGAUCCUGGUAAUGUUAGUUAUUCAGCUGUGGGUGGUCUGUCUGAUCAGAUAAGAGAAUUGAGGGAGUCUAUUGAGUUACCUCUCAUGAAUCCUGAACUCUUCCUCAGAGUUGGAAUCAAACCGCCUAAGGUUCUUUUCGUUGUUUCAAGUGCUAUAAUUGAUAAGUAUAUUGGAGAAAGUGCAAGGUUGAUUCGUGAAAUGUUUGGAUAUGCCCGUGAUCACCAGCCCUGCAUUAUAUUUAUGGAUGAGAUUGAUGCCAUUGGUGGGCGUCGAUUUAGUGAGGGAACAAGUGCUGAUCGUGAGAUUCAAAGAACAUUGAUGGAGUUACUUAAUCAGCUUGACGGAUUUGAUCAGCUGGGAAAGGUUAAAAUGAUAAUGGCUACAAAUAGGCCAGAUGUUCUUGAUCCUGCUCUUCUCCGUCCAGGCCGCCUGGAUAGGAAAAUAGAGAUUCCGUUGCCAAAUGAGCAAUCAAGAAUGGAAAUUCUCAAGAUUCAUGCCGUUGGAAUUGCCAAACACGGCGAGAUCGAUUAUGAAGCUGUGGUAAAGCUUGCCGAGGGCUUUAAUGGGGCUGAUCUCCGAAAUGUUUGCACUGAGGCUGGAAUGUCAGCAAUCCGUGCAGAGCGUGACUAUGUCAUCCAUGAGGAUUUCAUGAAGGCUGUUCGGAAACUAAAUGAAGCAAAGAAACUUGAAUCGAGUGCGCACUACAAUGCAGAUUUCGGAAAAGACUAAUGUUGUUCCCUGUUUAGUGCUAUUGAUGUUUGGGAAGCACAUUUCCGUUAUAUACUCAACGGAAUGUUACUUUAGGUACUUGGAUGGAAUGGAUUACUUGAGCUGUCAGUUAUUUUACGGAUUUGUAUUCCAUCGCUUACAACUAUUUGUAUUCUUAGCAGUAUUUGCAAACAUAUAACGUGCGUUUAGAACUGUUUUUUUUUUGGC